AUGGCUAGUGAAGCCAGUACAAACCACGUUGACGUCCUGGAGAGGAUCCUGCUUGAUGAAAGCGCCGAGCCGACUAACCUGCCUUUAUCGCUUCUAAAAGACAUCACAAAUUGUUUCUCUGCUGAUCACGAAAUUGGCAGCGGCGGGUUUGCGGUGGUUUAUAAGGGAUUUGUCGGGAAAGGCAUGGUGGCUGUGAAGAAACUAUCAAACACGUUUGGUAUUCAUGAGAAUAAAUUCCAGGAAGAGGUUAAAUGCCUGAUAAAGGCCAAGCACAAGAAUAUUGUACAGUUUCUGGGGUAUUGCGUUGACAUGCAAGGUAAAAUGGAAGAGUAUGAUGGUAGUCUUGUCAUGGCUGAUGAACGGAAUAUGUUGCUCUGUUUUGAGUAUGUAUGCAACGGGAGUCUCGAUAAGCACAUUACUGGUGUGUCUAAUGGACUUAACUGGAGGCAGCGGUAUCAAAUAAUUAGGGGGAUAUGUGAGGGUUUACUUUUCCUCCAUGAGAAGCGAAUUAUUCACUUAGACCUCAAGCCCGCUAAUAUAUUGCUAGAUGGUCAUAUGGUACCCAAAAUUGCUGAUUUUGGUCUAUCAAGAUGCCUCGGUCAAGUGCAAACCCGUGCUAUUACUCAAAAUAUAUGCGGAACACCGGGAUACAUGGGUCCAGAAUAUAUCACAUCAGGACAAAUCACAUUUGCAUCAGACAUAUAUAGUCUUGGCGUUAUAAUAAUUGAGAUAAUGACAGGAGCGAGGCAGUAUUUUGAAGAUGAGCAUGUAGUUCAAAGUUGGAUGAUUCAAUUGGAGGAAUCAGAGGGGAACAUGCAGUUGGAACAAGUAAGGGUAUGCUAUAUGAUAGGGAUUGAAUGCAUGAACGAUGACCCAAAGACGAGACCAAUUGCACGACACAUUGUUGAUAGACUUGAUAAAAUGACGAGUGCUGACCAUUCAGAUGAAGCUAGCAUCGGUAAUUCACUAUUUGAAGUGCAGGUAAGUUUACCAAGGGAUCAAUCUGGAGAAAAAAUGGGAAAGCUUGCAGCUGAGAGCCUCCAGGCCGAUGUCGAAGAACACUCAGAAACAUUGGAAGAUGUCGCAAAAACAAUUAAAUUCCUUCCUUCCCCAAAAGACCAACAGAAAUUAGGCCAGUUAUCAUUAUUGGGUGGGCAUGAUACGAUGGAAAACUUAAAGCGCCAUGGCACAAGCAACUCUAGCUCUAUCUCUACUGAGUUCUAUGAGUUGAACAUUUUGGGCAUUUACCACAGGAUUUUCAAUAGGAAAAGGUAUACAUUAGGGCAGUUACAUUUUAUAAAUAUCUUCAGAAAGGAGGAGCUCGGGCCAAUACUAACGAGUAGCAAUCUCAUCGGAAAAAGUGGGGCCACUGAAGUUUACAAAGGCGUUGUUGAUAAUGCACUGGUUGCAGUAAAGAAAUUGUUUUAUGCUGACAGGCACUUAGAAAAUGAAAUCAUCAUCCAGUCUCAGAUCAUCCACAAGAACAUUGCUUGGCUCAUAGGUUGUUGCGUAGAAAUGGAUAGCCCCAUUCUAGUAUAUGAAUUCCUGCCCAGAGGAAGCCUUGAUGAAAUUCUUCACGGUGGCAGCAAGCUGCCUCUCAACUUGGAUGUGCGUCUAAAUAUCAUUGCAGAAACAGCACAAGGUCUAGCUUAUCUGCAUUCACAAGCUCCUAACGAAAUCAUGCAUUGUGAUGUCAGACCGAGAAAUAUACUCUUGGAUGACAACUUUAUACCAAAGAUCUCAGGCUUUGGCAUGUCGAGGUUGAUUACGGAUGAUUGGACGUACAGUUUAGUUGGUUUAUUUUCUUAUAUAGAUCCAGUAUGCAUUCAAACAGGAGUACCGAAUGCAAAAAGUGAUGUCUAUAGUUUUGGAGUUGUGAUCUUGGAGCUCAUUAGCAGGAAGAACCCUACUGAUGAUGUUCAGUUAGUGCGGAGUUUUAUUAAAUUUCACAAAAAAGGGAAGAAAGCAACCAAGUUGUUUGACAAGGAAAUUGCAGUAACAACAGGAGAUUUGGAGCUUCUUGAUUGUCUGACUAAGAUUGCUGUGGAAUGUCUUAACCUUGAUGUGGAUCAAAGGCCAACGAUGACAGAUGUUGCAAAUCGCCUUCUCAUACUGAAUCGAUCUCGCAGGUUAUAUGCACGUCAUGUAAGUGCUGACUAUUCAGAGGAAACUGACAUCAACAGUUCAUUUGUUGAGCAACAGAAGAUAGGCCACUUAGCAACGAUGCAAGAUAUGAACCGUCGUGGCUUAGGCAAUUCUAGCUCUGUCGUUCAUGCUUCCUGUAAAUUAAACCUCAUGCAUGCAUUAGAAAAGUCGCAUUUCAUUAGAAUAUUCAGAAAGGAGGAGCUCAUACCAAUGCUUAAGGGUAGCAAUGUCAUUCUUGAAGAAUACAAAAGUUCAGUUCGCAAGGUCAUUGUUGAUAAUGCAUUUUACACGGUGAAGAAAUGGGUAGAUAGGAAGGUAUGGAAUGAAGAAUUUGGGAAUGAAAUCCUCAUCCAUUCACAAGUCAGCCACAGGAACAUCGUUAGGCUCAUAGGCUGUUCCCUAGAGAUGGAUACUCGCAUGCUAGUGUACGAGUUGCUCCCCAGAAGAAGCCUUCAUGACAUUCUUCACAACGGCAGCAUGAUGUCUCCCAACUUGGAUGUGCGUCUAAAUAUCGUCGCAGAAUCAGCACAAGGUUUGGCUUAUCUGCACUCACAAGCUCGUACCAAAAUCCGACAUGGCAAUGUUAAACCUGCAUGUAUCCUCUUGGAUGAUGACUUUACACCAAAGAUCUCAGACUUUGGCCUAUCAAGGUUGAUCGUGAGAGAUAAGGAACACACUUCUGUCGUCAUCGGUGACAUGGCCUAUAUGGAUCCAUUGUAUAUGCAAACAGGCCUACUGACCUUGAAGAGUGAUGUCUACAGUUUUGGAGUUGUGAUAUUGGAGAUCAUUAGCGGGAAGAAGCCCCGUCAUUCUGAUAGGAAAAGCCUAGUGAGGAGUUCCAUUGAAGUUCACAAAGAAGGGAAGAAAGCAACCGAUCUGUUGGACAAGGAAAUUGCGGUAACAACAGGAGAUCUGGAGCUUCUUGAUUCUCUUGCAGGGAUUGCUGUGGAAUGUACUAACCUUGAUGUGGAUCAAAGGCCAACCAUGAUAGAUGUUGCAGAGCGCCUUCUCACACUGAAUCGAUCUCGUAGGUCAAAAGUUAUUUGCCAAUAA